GUGUCAUUCGUGUCGUUAUGUUUGUGGUGAUCGGACGUACCGCAGUGUUUCGCGACGAAUAAGUGAAGAAGAAAAAAUAACAGCAAAAAAACGGGCGAAUCAACGACGGGACGGUUAAUUUGGAAAUUUUUGGGUUUAUUUUUUUCGUUGCUUUGAUUAAAAGUUAUCGGCUUUGUUAGUGUGCUUGUGCGUGCGUGUGUGUGCUAUCUCUUUCGCGAACUCCCGCGCUGAAGACGGUAGAGUGAAGGGUGCGGCACAAUAUUUAAGAAAAAAAAAGUGAAGUGAAAAUAAUUAGGGUGGAGGAAUCGUGAAAAAAAACAAGCAGGCGUAGAGUUUUCCGGAAAAAAGAAGAAUCGACCAACUCUGACCAACGAAGCCCCACCCCUCGAAACCGGCCCCAUCCGAAAAACUCGCCGGCCUGGGUCGUGUUUUUUUUCGAGAAGAGGAUGAGUGUCUAAAAUAAAACUCAUCCCGGUGAGGAAUUUUGCGCAGUUUUGCAAGCAAGUGCGUGUGUGUUUCUCGAGUGUAAGAAUGAAAGUGAAGAUUUUCUUUCGCAACGACCACCAAGUGUGAGUGAGUGAAGCAAAUUGAGCUGAAAUUCCGACUUUGCGGUCAACUUCCUGAUUUUUGUGGUGCUCGAGAGGGGGGCGUCCAAACCCCAAACCCCUGUUGACGCAGUGUUUCAGCGAAUCAAGGACAACGCGGGGAAUAUUCUGUGCAAGUGUGUUGGUGAGCAGUUUCUGCUGGUGCUUUUGUGUGCAAGUGUGUUGGUGGCGUCCGGGAACAGCUGAUAAGUGAGCAGCGUUCUGUUUGACGGGAGGUGGGGAGGGUGUUCUAUCUUGCUCUCUCUUUGGGAUUAAGAGAGAGACUUGGAUGUGGAGUGUGAAGAGAUAGGAAGAUUUGAAGGAAUUGCCUCGAAGCUGUUUGGCGGGUGCUGUCUACAGUAAUCAAUCAGGUAUGGUAAUCAACAUCAACAUCCCGCGUGCUUGUUUGAAUUGGUUGACUCUUGAAUUGCGUGCGUGCACGAUUGGUGAAUGAAAAUUAGUAGUAUACCAGACGCAACCAAUGAAAUUUAUGACGUUUUAAGGAAAAUGAAUACAGCCAUCAGUGAGCACGAGGCGGCCGGGCUGGCCGCCGAAAUGUUUGACCACUUUUGCGCGGCCACCACGAUGCGCCAGAUCCUCGGCCUGUACCGAAACAUGUGUGAUAUUCUGCAGCUGCGGCCCGGCCCGCUGAACGAGUUCUACCCGAAGUUCAAGUCGAAAAUCCGCAACUGGAAGGCGCAAGCCCUGUGGAAGAAGUUCGACGCCCGGGCGUCCCAUCGCGCGUACAACAAAGGCACCGCCGCGAGCGGAACGCGCGUUCUAGUCAUCGGCGCAGGCCCGUGCGGUCUGCGUACGGCAAUCGAGGCCCAGCUGCUCGGUGCCAAAGUGGUUGUGGUAGAAAAACGUGAUAGGAUUUCUAGGAAUAACGUACUGCACCUGUGGCCAUUUCUAAUCACUGAUCUCAAGGCGCUCGGUGCGAAAAAGUUCUACGGUAAGUUCUGCGCCGGCUCGAUCGACCACAUCUCGAUCCGACAGCUGCAGUGCAUCCUGCUCAAGGUGGCCCUCAUCCUGGGCGUUGAGGUGCACGAGGGUGUCUCGUUUACGCGCGAGCUCGAACCAAAGGACGGCUGCGGAUGGCGCGCGGCCGUCUCGCCCGAAGAUCACGCCGUGUCACACUACGAGUUCGAUGUCCUCAUCGGUGCCGAUGGCAAACGCAACACGCUCGAGGGCUUCAAGCGGAAGGAGUUCCGCGGCAAGCUCGCCAUCGCCAUCACUGCCAACUUCAUCAACAAAAAGACCGAAGCGGAAGCCAAGGUCGAAGAGAUCAGCGGGGUGGCGUUCAUCUUCAACCAGUCGUUCUUCAAGGAACUGUACCAAACGACCGGUAUCGACCUGGAGAACAUCGUCUACUACAAGGACGAAACGCACUACUUCGUCAUGACCGCCAAGAAGCACAGUCUGCUGGACAAGGGCGUCAUCAUGCAGGAUUACGCCGAUCCCGCCGAACUGCUCUCUUCCGCGAACGUAGACACCACCAAACUCCUAGACUACGCAAAAGAAGCCGCCAACUUCUCCACCAAAUACCAAAUGCCCAACUUGGAGUUCGCCGUGAACCACUACGGCAAGCCCGACGUCGCCAUGUUCGAUUUCACCUCGAUGUUCGCCGCCGACAACUCGUGCAAAAUCACCGUCCGCAAGAACUACCGACUGCUGUCCUGCCUCGUCGGUGACAGCCUACUCGAGCCCUUCUGGCCGACCGGAUCCGGCUGCGCCAGAGGAUUCCUCUCCAGCAUGGACGCCGCCUACGCCAUCAAACUCUUCUCCAACCCGAAGAACAGCCUCCUAGCGGUGCUAGCCACGCGAGAGUCCAUCUACCGACUACUCGCCCAAACAACCCCGGAAAACCUACACCGCGACAUCGGCGCCUACACGGUAGACCCGAGCACGCGCUACCCCAACCUCAACAAAGCCUCCGUCAACAUGAUCCAGGUCAAGCACCUGCUCGACACGGACGACCCGGCCCUCCUCGAGCAAACCUUCCUCGACUCGAACGCGCUCACCACGGGUCCCGAAGUGACCGUCACGAAGCAGCGCAAGCGACGCACCAACGACACAGUCCCGCUCGGAAUCGUGCUGCUGCGGUGGGUCAAGUCCCAGCUCAAGGAGAACCAGUUUGUGCAGGAGCUGUCGGACGCGUCGCAGUGCUUCACCAACGGGCGCGUACUCUGCACGCUGAUCAACCGGUACCGGCCGGAUCUGGUGAACCUGGAGGAGCUGCAGGGCUGCUCGGCGGACGAGUGCAACGAGUUUGCGUUCGCGAUACUGGAAGAUCACUUGGCAAUCCCCCGCGUCAUGUCCGGCCAGGACUCGCUCUCGCUGACCAGCGUCGACUCGAAGCAGUGGCUCAACUACCUGGAGCAGAUCUGCGAGGUGUUCCGCGGCGAAAUCCCCCACGUCAAGCACCCCAAGCUGGACUACGCCGAGUUCAAGCAGAAGCAGCAGAUCGACAGCAUGGAGGAGUUUGCGAAGCUGCGCCGCUUCGCCGUCAACCGGAUGCAGGCGAACGCAGCUGCCGCUGGUGGUGUCAGUACGACGCCGGCGAUCAUGGCCGCCGCCAGUGCCACCGGCAUCCGAAAGACGUCGAUCUACAACGAGGAGGAGCGUGCGAAGCGCAGCCGCAAGGUGCUCGGCGCGGAAUCUAGUCCAAUUGCUUCACCACAAACCGACACGACAAAGCGAGCGAAGAAACGUCGCAGCUAUGAGAAGUUUGGCAACAUUGAGGAGCGCACCCGCCGUCUGCAGGAGAUCGAGUCGAACCGGGCCGAUCGGCAGACCAAGCGGCGCCAGGCCCGGGCCCAGCAAACGCAGAACUUCUUCACCAGCCUGCACAUGCUCCAGGCGAACACGCUGCUGCGCGAAAGCGACGACAGCUCGGGCGCCUUCGAGGACUACUCGCUGUUUCUGUACCGCCAGCAGGCGCCCGUCUUCAACGACCGCGUCAAGGAGAUCGAGAUGAAGCUGCGGUAUCCGGAUCGCGAGCGGGGUCUGGCCGCGGCCUACCCGCGGGGCCUCGUCGGGGCCGACGGUGAACAGUUUAGCGAUCGGAUCCGCUCGAUGGAGCAGCGCAUCGGCGGCGGUCGGCACGCCCCGGCCACCGAAAAGAAGCCGAAGGAUCUGCUGCGCGCGAUCGGCAAGAUCGACAGCAACGAUUGGAACGUGAAGGAGAUCGAGAAGAAGAUCGAACUGUCGAAGAAGGCGACCGACAUCGGCAAGAGCCGCGAGCGCGUCCCGAAGUGGAACCGCGAGCAGUUCCUCGCCCGCCAGAACAAGCUCACCCAGCAGCCGGACGGCGAGGAAAAGUACAAGGAGUUUGACAGCUCGAUAAAGGCGAUCGACAAGCAGCUCAAGGAGGGACACAACCUAGAUUUGGGCGAGCGCGGCAAGAACAAGGUCGCGUCCAUCGCUGGACAACUGCAGAGCAGCAAGCAGCACCACCACCAACACCAACAGCAGAACCAAAAAUCGACCUCGAAGGCCGCCCUGGUGCUGACCUCGUCGGGCGUGGCGGAAAAGUGCCACUUUUGCAAGCAGCGCGUCUACCUUAUGGAGAAGAUCUCCGCGGAGAACCUCACGCUGCACCGGUCCUGUCUCAAGUGUCACCACUGCCACACGAAUCUGCGACUCGGCGGCUACGCCUUCGACCGCGACGACCCGGAGGGCAAGUUCUACUGCACCCAGCACUUCAAGCUCCCGUCCAAGACGGUCAAACCGGUGCCGAAGCGCUCGCUACCACGCACUCCCCAACAGAUCGCCGCUCAAUCUCCAAUUGCAGCAGCUUCAGCAGCUACAGCCGCCUCGGCCCAGCAACCGUCCACGCCGGACUCGAAGAGUUCCGGCAUCAACUUCGACCUGCUGGAUCGGGGUGAAACGCCCGAGCGGAUCGAGUUUGAGAACGCCGACGAGGCGAUUUCGGACGGCGAGGCGGCGAUGGAGGUGAUUGACGAGAACGAGUGGACGGACCGGAACUUUGGCACCGAGUCGGACGAGUCUGACGAGGAGAUGUCCAGCUCGGACGAGUCGGACUCGGACUCGGAUUCGGACUACGAGGAAGCGGCCGGGUCGCCGCUGGGGGCACAAACGCUCCAGCUGGCUUCGGAGUGGAUCAGCGACAAGCGGUUCUCGAACAUGGUGGACAGCGAUGAUGACUUCUAUGGGUACUCGAGUGAAGAUGACGAAGCCGACUCGCAGACCGAGGGUGAAGAACUGGCUCGAGCUCGCGAGAUGCGAAUGCAGGAGGUCAAGCUCAUGCCCCCGCCGACCCUGCCAACCGACACCGAGACCGAGGGCGGUUCCGACUCGGACUCCAACUCGGAGGAGGUCAACUCGGCGACGGAGAUCUCGACGGACUCGGAGUUUGACCAGGAGCCGAGCCACCACCGGCUGCCGCCGCGCAUCUUCAUCGACGAUACGCACCUGCGACGACCGGCUAAAGUACAGGUUAAGCAGAUGACGAUCGACAAUGGCGUCCGUCAGCGUCGGCAGUUCUCGGCGACGACCAACGUGCGAAAUCUCGCGGACAGCAAGCAGCGAUCGCCCGGUGACGACGAUCCGUACUACAAGCGUGACAUCCACCUGGAGUUCAAACCGCUGAUCGAGGUCGAUCCCACGAUCAAGCUGAGCCAGAAUCGUGCCCCGCUGUCGAUCCCCCGACCCGGGGACUACGCGCUCAGUAAGACCGCCAGUACCGAGGGGAUCGCUUCGAAGAAGAGUUUGGAGCUGAAGAAGAAGUAUCUGCUGGGAGAAUCUACGGCGGGAACCGGGGUGCUCAAGAGCGGUUCCGCUUCGGCGCUGGACUCCAAGUUCAAAAGCUUCCACUCGAACAUUACCGAGUGCCAGAAGCUGCUCAAUCCGGCGCCGGAGAUCAGCCCAACGAUGCAGACCUUCCUGCAGAAGACGUCGGCUCCGGCAGCGACAUCGCUGCUGGCGCUGCGCAAGGAAGCCAUGCUGACUGGUCGGCAUGAAGAGAAGGAGAACGUGUACGACGGGAAGAUCGCGCCCAAGAGGUAUGCUGAAACGGUCAACGCAACGCUGGUGGAGAACAAGCUGAACGAGCUGAAGAAGGAGGAAGCGAAGGAGAAGAAGGACGAUCGCCCAAACAACAACAACGAACGACUGAUCGAGACGAUCAGCUUGAUCACGCCGGAGAAGGAGUCGAGAAGGGUGGAGGAAGAGCCAACGGAGCAGAAACCGAUCGUGGAGGACGGCGAUCGGAUCGUGGAGAUCAAGAACAUCUCCAACCUGAAGCACAUGUUUAUCGACUUGACGUCGGACUCGCCAAACUGCGAUCGAUCGCUGGUGGAGACUACGCUGAACUUUAGCAUGACUCCGCCGUCGGCGGCUAAAGGAACGUCCGUUCAGAGCAAUGGAGAGCUGAAGAACAACAUCCCGGACAUUAUCAGCAGCAUCAAGAUCGAUAGCAACGAGAACAAGGUGGAGGAAGAGGAAGAGCAGGAGCGUACGCGAAGUCCAGCGCACGAGACUUCCAUUCAGGUGCCGGAAGUUCCCUGGAAUAAGGAACAGGAAGACGAGGAGGACAUCGAUUCCGACAGCAUAUCGGAAUCGAGCUCCAGCAGUAGCAGCAGCAGUACUUCGAGCGUCGAUGACAUCCCGCACUUUAUCCUGGACUCGACGACCAGUCCGGAGACGCAGAACGACGAGCGGUUCGUGCCGAGGGUUGAGGUGCGCGAUACCGCCGGAGAGUUGAUGCAGAUCGACAGUCUGAUGAUCAUCGACGGGAAGUACAUCGGAGAUCCGGAGGAUCUCAAGCUGCUGGAGGAGCUGCCACCGGAUACGAAGAUCGCCGCGAAGCUUUCCCAGCAGGAGAUGAAUCUGGACAGUAUUUGUGUGCUAGAGGAGAAGCUUCCAACUCCGACGGAGGAGCGGAAGCUUCCUCCAAUCCCGCUGCCGGUUCUCGAGCUCGAACCCAAAGAGGAACCCGUCGAGCAGCCGGCUUCCAAACCUUCUAGUCCCACCCAGCCAAAGCCGGACCUCAAGUUCGACACGCGCAACGAAAACAAGCUGGACACGCUGAAGAACCUGCCGCUGGUGCUGGAUCUCCAGCCGCAGAAGCCACGCAACCUAAGCUUCGCCGCGAACCGCAAGUCACCGGAAACCGACGCGGAAAAGACACCGCUUGCGCCGUCCCAGCUGCUUCCGCAGCUCGCCAAAGCGGAAGGCUCCGACUCGGAAACGGAACUUACGGCGCAGAACCUGACGGAAACCGAACUGUCCGACUGGGCGGCGGAUGACGCCGUGUCGGAGAACUUUGUCGACAUUGAGUUUGCGUUGAGCUCGAACAAGGGCACGAUCCGGCGGAACAAGCCGAAGCAUGGCCGGCUGCAGCAGAAGAAAGUGAUCGCGGCGGCGCCGUUGGCGCCGGUGGAAGUUCGCCAGCAGGCUUCCGAGGAUGGAAUUAUGAAGAACCUGGCGAUCGAGGACAUUGAAUUUAUGGACACUGGAUCGGAGGAGGAGAGCUGCAUCGAGAGCUACUCCGCCACGAAUCGGGCGAUGCUGAAGAACCGCGGUUACGUGGAGUUUGUCGAUCCGAAAAGCUCCAAGCCGGCGACGUACGCGAUGGGAAACAGCUACGGGCAGUUGCCGCAGUCGAGCAAGCCUAAGCUGGUGGAAGCGAUCAACAAGCAGGUCGCCGGGGUGGACUACAUCGAGCAGGGAGCGUACCUGCUGAACAGUGCCGUGGCGGACGAUUCGAAAACGCCGAUGAACGAGGAACCGCCCGCGAAGAUCACGUUCAGUGCGUUGGCGGCGCAGAACAAGGCGUUGCAGCAGCAGCCGCCGCCGCAGCAGCUGGAUAGCUUGAACGACAUCGAGGAGGACAGCUUGUUGAUCGUUACUUCGUCGCAGGGAACGGCAACGACUACGGAGGAGAGUGAAGCGCCGACGAUCGUGGCUCCGGUGGAACGAACGGUGGGCAGUGGAAGCAGCGGUCGAGGAAGUGUGAGUUCGUUCAGCUCGAAGCAGUUGGAAGGGGAGAAGUCGGGAGGGAGUCCGGUUCGGAAGGUGUCAACGGAGUCGAGUUCCGGUGGAAAGCGAAGCAGUCUGGAGAGGAAUAUGAGGAAGGACUCGCUGAAGAACAACAUCGACGACAUCGGGUACGAUGAGUACGUGAAGCGACUGCAGCAGAAGAUCGCACUGAUUAGCAGCGCUCGAGAUUCGUUGGAGGUUAAGAAGAGCAAGCGAAAGUCGUCGAAGGGAGACGCCGGCCUGGAUGAGGCUUCGGUAGUGGAACCAGUGAAGAAGCCUGCCGCGGCGAGCAUUUACACCGAACAAAGUUCACUCGAAGUGCCAAAGAGCGUGGAGAAGAAGAUCGAGGAGAUCACCAAGGAGCGCGUCAAGCAGAAGGACAUCAUUCACGAUCUAGUCAUGGACAAGCUGCAAACGAAGAAGCAGCUGAACGCGGAGAAGCGCCUCAACCGGAGUCGAAACCGGAACAACGUGCUCCCGGGAGUGUCUCCGGCGACUCCGAGCCAUCCUACGCCAGCACAUCCACCCGAAGGAUUCCCCUCCUAUCAACCCGUCGCCAGCGAUCGUCGUAACCGCAUCCUCGACAGCAAGGAAACGACCUUCGUCCAACCAACCCCGCUUCCCAUCUUCCCCAACAAGGAGAACAUCGCGUCGUUCGCCACCCCAGCAAGCUACCUGCAGGCAACCCCUCGCACGAACGCCAAGAAACCCGCGGAAGAAACGCUCACCCUGACCGAGCAACUCCGCGAAGAAGCCCGCGCCCGUGCUCGUCUCAAGUCCAACCAGGACCUCGGCCUCUCCCCGGAAGAUCGCGUCCAGCUGCUGCGCAAAAAGUUCCACAUCAACCUGCGCGAACUCAACGACCAAGAUCCGAACAAGUGCGACGACACCAAGUUCAAGGAGCGCUCGACCAAGCUGAUGACCUCGAAGAGCGUCAACGACGUGUCGAUCCUCAAAAACCUCAGCAACGAUCCGGACUUUAUCUCGCCGGCGGACGAACCCCUGAUCGGGGCCAAGCUGCAGGACUACGUGUCCGACCCGAACCUGGUGCAGAGCCCAACGACCGGUUCCAGUGGCGGCGCCGGCGACGAGCUGCGGCUGAGGACGCGCAGCAAGUGCAAGGACCGCGAGCGCCGCAAGAGCAUCAUCGAGAAGGUGUCGGAGUUUUUCAACAGCAGGAAGAAGACGGAAGUGCAGACUGGUGCGUCAUCCGGCAGUAAGGACUCGUCGCCGACCAAGAAGGAAGGCGGCUGCGGAAGUGGGAAUGAGCUGGCGGUGCCGAACAGUGCGAGUAGUUCGACUAGUGGCGGAGGAGGAUCAGGAGGAGGUGUGGGAUUUUUGAGGUUCAAGAUCUCGCCGAAGCUGAAGGAUAAGUCCAAGUCGUGCUUUGAUGUGAGGAAUAUGGGUUUUGGUACCAAGGAAGGUUCACCGUACGAGCGGUGCGCCUCGGAGGACUGCCUUAAAAAUGCUGCCACCACAAGUUCAAACAACACGACUACAACAACGGCCGCCGGAACCACAACGACCACGUCCGGCCGGGACACCACGACAACUGGUUCCUCGCCGACAACGGGCGGCGGUUCCUCCAGCGGCAACCGCUUCACCCCGAUUGGGCGUAAGGAGGCCGAGGAGCUGGAACCGCCACCGAUUCCGCCACUGCCCCUCAACUACCAGCGAUCGGAUGACGAAAGCUGCACCACCAACGAGCCAAAGAACGAACUGAAGAAGCUGCGAGCAAUGUCCAAGGCAUCGCGUCAAGCCGAAUUGAAAAGACUGAGAAUCGCGCAGGAGAUUCAGCGCGAGCAGGAGGAGAUCGAGGUCAAGAUCAAGGACCUGGAGACGCGCGGCGUCGAGAUCGAGAAGGAGCUGCGCGGCGAGAGCGAAUCGCUCGAGAAGAACAUCGAGAACCUGGGCGCGAACGACGAGGGCCUCGUCAAGGAGUGGCUCGAGCUGAUGCGCAGCAUCACGCGGCACAAGGUGCGCGACGAGGAGCUCACCAUCCGGCAGCAGGAGCUGCAGCUCGAGCACCGGCACGCCCAGCUCAAGGAGGAGCUCAACAUGCGGCUGUCGUGCAGCAAACUCGACAAAAACUCGUCGGACGUCGCCGCCGAGGGUGCUAUCCUGAACGAGAUGCUGGAGAUUGUGGCGAAGCGGCAAGCGCUGAGGCCCUCGCUGGACGCGGCCGCGGCCGCUGCGGCGGCCUCCGUUGGAGGGGUGGCGGCAGCAGCAGCACUUCCGCCACGGUCCAAGGACGUAAGCGAUGUAAGCACUGAUGAGCAAGAACUCGAAGAAGAGCUAGAAGCGCUUGAAGAUGCCGGAAUCGAGCGGGAUUGUGUGGCCGUAGCUGGUAGAGCUAGCACUAGUAGUGGUCGUAACAGUAGCAGUAACCGUGAGCGUUGUUUGAAUAACCGUAGCAAUAAUAGUGUUGAGAGUGGGCGCUGGCAGGGAACGGCGGCGAAAGUUGAUGGAGGCCGUGGGUUCGCCGCCGUGCCCUGCUCGGUGCUGCUCGGUUUGUUGUUGUUGUUAGCUAGUUUGUACUAUUAUGAGUUGUUGCUGGAGUGUUUUAAUUUUUAUUAGUUUGUAAUUUAUUUGCAUGCUUGUUUUUUUUUACAUUGAAUUUGCACACUGCAUUUACUAGGGUUAAGUAUAAUUACACGUUUGAACUUAUGUUUUAUAGCAACUGCACUUUUGUAACAUUUUAUCAUAUUCAUUUCACUUCAUUCAUUUUUCAUUACUUUUUCAGCUUCGAAUCCAAACGGGUUUCAUUUAGAAUUACGAUUUCUUGGAUCUGCAUCAUCCCAAGCAAUUUCUAGUUACCAAAAUUAUUAACUGUUGUUUUCUCAAAUCAAAAUUAUAAUUUGCUAAAUGUAGACAGCUGUCAAUUAAAGCUAGUGCGUCCAUCCCGGGAAUUCCCGGGACAAAAAUCCAGGGAUUUUUCUAAAACCGGGAAUUCCCGAAUCCCGGGAUUUUUUGUAAUUUGUCCCGGGAAAUCCCGAAACCCGAACAGAUGGUAAUAACUAAAUUCAUGCCAUUUCAAUAACAAAUACUGUUAAAAUAACAGAAAGUGUUAUGGAGUAUUCUUGCAAAAUCCAAUUUUGCAUAAGAGUUUACUAACAGUUUAUGUUAUCAUAACAAAAUUUGUUAUUGGUAUGAUAUUGAUUGCAAGCCAAAACAACUUAGGAAUAACAUUUUUUGCUAUGGAAGAAUAUCUCAAACUGUUAUUGGGAUGUUCGGAUUAGUUGUUAAAAUAACAAAAAAUAAUAACAUAAAUUUGUUCGAAGAAUAACUAAACAUGAUGUUAGUCUGUUAUUACAAUAACAAUCCUAUAACAAAAAAAAAUCAUAACGGCGAAUAACAAAACUUGUUAUAAAUAACAUAAAAUGUUUUUGGCCAAGUAUUUUCAAAAAUCAAAAAUUGUUAUUCCCAAGUUAUUUCCGUCUUCUUGGGAAUUGAAAAAAAACAAAUGUUGGUCUGAAAAUUCAGAUUUGGUUGUGAAAAUAGAUGAACAGUUGAAUACAUAGUAAGCGAUACGAAUUUCAAAGCAUUAAAACCACAAAAAAAUCUAAAAAAAGAGUAUUAUAUUUACUUAUAUUCAGGAUAUUAAAUUUAAAAAAAUAUCCUAUUAAAUUAUUUUUCAUCAAAUACCGGCAAAAUCUGGGGCAAAUCAGGACAAAUGUUACGAAUUAAGACAGCUAUUAAAGCCAUUUUUUGCAUAAUGACUUCGGUUCAAACAUGAACAGAUCAUUAUAAUUCCUAGUAUUCGAUUUCCAAUUAUAUUCCUCUAAAAUCUCCUGUACCUAUUCAGACUGUAGUCCUGAUUUUCAUCAGUUGGCGGUAGUAACAUAAAAAUAAUUUGUAAAAUAUGUUUAAUAUAAAACAAGAAAUUCAAAACUUAUCUAAAAUUUAACAUAGGCUGGAAUCAUUUUAUUUGAUGUCGCUUAUUGUUUUUUCAACUUCGUUUUUUUAUUGUUUUUUUAGACAUUUUCAAAGAAAAAUUUCGAGCUUUUGUAGUCAUGUCAUAUAAAAAAUAUAUAAAAGAAAUAUAUUCAUUUAAAACACUUAUUUAAUUUCAUUUGAAGUGUAGAUUGUCACUUAUUAAUAUUGUUCUGCUUAUUCUAUGAUUUUAAGCUUGAAAACAUAUCAAAUAUUAUGAAAACAUAGAUUUUAUGACAGCUUUAAAAAUUUCCCGGAAUCCCGGGAAUUCCCGGGAUUUCAAAAAUAUUUUUUCCGUUUCCCGGGAAAUUCAAAACCCGGGAAAAUUGGACGCCCUAAUUAAAACAUUUUUAUACAUUUACAUAAUCAUUAAAAGCUUUCUUGUUGGUCCAUUUCCCAUAUUUAUAUAGUCUUUUUAUUAAAAUAUUACAAAUCAAUCAUCGUUAUGGCUCAACGGAAUGGUCUUUCACAUGCCUACCCAACGAUACCCGGGCAGACGAUAAUAACAAAAUUCAUGCCAUUUCAAUAACAAAUACUGUUAAAAUAACAGAAAGUGUUAUGGAAUCUUCUUGAAAAAUCCAUUUUUGCUUAAGAGUUUAAUAACAGUUUAUGUUAUCAUAAAAAAAAUGUUAUUGGUCUAAUAUAGGUUGAAGGCCGAAACAACUUUGGAAUAACAUAUUUUGUUAUGGAAGAAAACCUCCAACUGUUAUUGGGAUGAUCGGAUUAGUUGUUUAAAUUACAAAAAAUAAUAACAAAGAUUUGUUCGAAGAAUAACUAAAAUUGUUAUUAGUCUGUUAUUACAAUAAGAAUCCAAUAACAAAAUAUUCAUAACGUCGAAUAACAAAUCUUGUUAUAAAUAACAUAAAAUGUUAUUUAUUGGCCUAGUAUUUUUUUGUAUUUAUUAAGGACCUUUUAACUAUGAAUCUUUCGGGUCCCCUAGUAUUUUUAAAUAUCAAAAAAUGUUAUUCCCAAGUUAUUUCCGUCUGCUGAAUGUAGUUCCGAAUACAAUAUUCAUCGUGGCCAACGACUUCCGGUUUUUUUUCAGAAUAUAGUCGUGAUCGUGUUGUGCUAUGAGGACGCAAUUUUGUGCAGCUUUCAGUGCCUCACCUUUUGACCUUCAAAGGUCCCAAAAACCGUUUGGCCGAGCUACCGUGGCCGUGAGGUUACGGGUUUCGUCAUGUAAGCGGAAGGUGAUGGGUUCAAUUCCUGUCUGGCUCGGCAAAGUCAGAUCCCUUCAAAGAGUAAAUCUGCUCACUGGGAAUACUGACCGGUAGGGGUUUCGACUAGCGGCGUGCUGGGUUUCCAAUCCAGAGGUCGUGAGUUUGAUUCUCGUACCGGGAUGAUGAAGUUUUUUAAAAAAACGUAAACCCCUUCCCACCCAGAGCAAAUUCUGUUCUAUUCUGUUAAGUCACAAAAAUAAAAAUUUUGACAUAAAUUUUAAAAAAUAUUUGCAGCGGCCUAACUGGAUCGACCAAAUUGGAUUAAUUUUGAAUGGUUAUAUGUUAACAUUCCAAAUAAACAAACGCAGGUUGAACCAGGUUAAACAAAAAUGCAUGGUUGCAGAGAAAUGAGUUUGAAUUUUUUUUUUUUUUUGAAUUAAAUAUACUUUAUUGAAUCUUUCUUAUAAUAAUUACAUUUGGUUUACAUAAUAAGUGGUCAGCUGUGGCUCUUCAGCUUUAGUUUGCUUUUCGUGAUUUAAACACUGUUCAUAUUCAUAACUUUAAAAGUAUAUGAUUUAUCAUUUUUGUAACACUAGGUACAAUGAAGAAAAAAAAAAUUAAGAAAACAUAACCUAACCUAAAACUAACUUAAUCUUACCAUAAACUAAACCAAUCCUUGAAUCAAGGGGUAUUCAGAUAUAGCACAUUUUUCCCUGAAUUUCAAACAUUUUUCUUGAAUCUUCUGAUCCAACAUUUUUACUUCUGCUAAUUCAUGAACCUCACUUGAUCUAGUCCAGCCAGGAACAUUCGAAACCAUUUUGAGUACCUUGUUUUGGACACGCUGGAGCUUCAAUUUAUGAGUUCUAGCGCAACACUCCCAAACAGGUACUGCAUACUCAAUAACGGGGUAAAUUAUUUGUUUGUAAACUGCUAGCUUAUUUUUCAAAGAUAACUUUGAUUUUCUGUUAAUUAAAGGAUACAAACACCUGAUGAGAAUGCUGCACUUGUUCAAUAUUUUAUCUACAUGCUGUCGAAACAAUAGUUUCGAGUCAAGUAUGAGACCUAAAUAUACAACUUCCUUUGACCAGGGUAUUGAAACAUCAUUCAUUUUAAUCAAAACAUCAUCCUUUGGGACAAAUCGGGCCGAUUUGGAAAGUGGAAAAAUGAUGGUUUGAGUUUUGGCUGCAUUUAUGCGAAUUUUCCAGUCGCCAAAGUAUUCGGAAAGAACG